AAAAGCCAAACUCCCCCAAAAUUAAAAAUCAAAUGCUUUGAAAAAAUUAAAAAAAAACCCAUAAUUUUAGAGAGAGAAAAUCACCAUCUUCAUAAACCAGUUGAAGAAGAGAAAAAACAGUCAUAUAUAGAGUAUAUAUAUAUACAUACAUAUAUACGCAUACGAUCAUAACUAUCAUUCUCUCUUUAAAAGAUACAGACUUUCUCUCUCAUCCCUCCAUUACCAUUGUCCGAUCGGAUUCUGGUGUAACAAUGGAGCGGGAGAGGACCCACUCAGAUCCAGCUCCUGAUUGGGAAGCGGGUCACGGGACCCAAACCGGGCUCGAAGGGUAGAACCGAUGUGGCAGCUUGGGAUGGAGGAGUCAUCGUACCCGGAACGGCCCGGUGAGCCCGAUUGCAUAUAUUAUUUGAGGACUGGUUUUUGUGGUUAUGCCGAUCGUUGUCGUUUCAAUCAUCCCCGUGAUCGUUCUACUUCCCCGGUUGUACGAAGUGGAAGGGUUAGUGGGGGAGGAGACUUCCCUGAGCGAGCUGGUCAGCCAAUCUGUCAGUAUUUUAUGAGAACUGGGAGUUGCAAAUUUGGCACUUCUUGUAAGUACCAUCAUCCACGGCAAGGAGCUAGUUCUGCGAAUCCAUUUGCACUCAACAUUUAUGGAUACCCCUUACGCCCGGGAGAGAAAGAGUGUAGUUACUACAUUAAAACAGGGCAAUGUAAGUUUGGGAUGACCUGCAAAUUUCAUCAUCCACCACCUUGUAAUGUACCAGUACCUACCGCAACACCUGCCACAGUUCCUCCUGCCCCUUUAUCUGCGGCCACUAUUUACUCUACUCCUAGUCCCGCUCCUCAGCAGUAUGGAAUGGUGACUGGUAAUUGGCCUCUUGUAAGGCCCUCUAUGUUGCCAGGUUCAUAUAUUCAAGGACCUUAUGGACCAAUGUUAAUCUCUCCUGGGGUACUCCCCUUUCCUGGCUGGCCACCUUACCCAGGUACUGCUCCUAUGACCGCCCCGAACACCCAGUCGGUAGGACCUGGACAGUUUUAUGGUUUAAUGCCAAUGUCACCUUCUGGACCUGCUUAUACUGGGCCCUAUCAAGCUAUAUCACCUUCUGCUGGUGGAACAAGUAGUAUUUCAAAAGAACAUUCGUAUCCUCAGAGACCUGGGCAACCCGAGUGCCAGCAUUACCUCAAAACAGGGGACUGCAAAUUUGGUUCAUCAUGUAAAUAUAAUCAUCCUUCAGAAUGGGUUGUUCCUGAAACAAGUUCUGCUCUUAGCCCCAUGGGUCUUCCUCUUCGUCCAGGUACUCCAACUUGUAGUUACUAUGCACAACAUGGAGUUUGCAAGUUUGGUCCAACAUGCAAGUUCGAUCAUCCAAUGGGAACACUAAGUUACAGCCCUUCAACAUCUUCCCUUUCAGAUAUGCCAGUUGCUCCGUAUCCUGUUGGAUCAUCCAUUGGCACUCUUGCUCCAUCAUCAUCAUCAUCUUCAGAUUUGCGAGCUGAAGUAAGCGCCAACAAAGACUCUGGUUCCACCUUGUCAUCUUCUGUGAGCAUAUCAAGCAGUACAGGUAGCUCUUUAUUGUCAAAAAGUGGGUCCAUAUCUCACUCUGGUCUCCAACAGUCUAGUCAGAGUUCUGCUACUUCCACUAGCAGUAAAGGGGGUGUUGGUCAUCCAUGCUAAGUCACCAUCACCAGGCAGGAAAUACAUAUAUUUUCCUCAUUUUUGCUUUUGUAGAUGAAAAUUUCAGGAACCAUCAGAACUCAUAUUCUUUUGAACAAACCCCACCCAGGAAAUCAUAUCUGCUCCUUCCUCCCUCCCUCCCUCAUCCAUUAUUCACACUUUUGCACACACAACUCUUCACAUCUAUGUUCAUAGAAUCCCGAUGGCCAUAUAUAUAUAUUUUUUUUUCCCUUAUUGAAUAAGCCAUCUUGUACCCUCCCGUGCCCUUAUAAUAAUUAGGGGAAAAAAAACAGAUACUUCCCCCCAUUGAACAAAGGUCCUAUGAUUCCUACCACAUUCCCUCUCCUUCCACUUUUCUUCUUCCCCGAGUGUUAAAAAGAUAUGUCCAUUUAUGUUCUCAUAUCAUUCCCUUCAUUACAUGGAACAUGCUUCUCAGCUCAGUUUCGGACUAGGGUGUAAUUGGGAGUAUCUGUUGUUCUCUUAUUCUUGUUUUACCCCUUUAGAAACUGUUGCAAAAAACAAACAAAAGAAAAAAUCUCAUUUCAGGACCUGAAACUAGGCACUGCUUUGUUGUCUUCAUUUUAGAUACUUGGAGAAAUAUGUUGUGACAAUUACUACACUGUUAAUUGAUAACUUAUUAUGUAUGUGAAGAAAACUUCAUUUCUGUUUAUAACUGAAAUUUGGCUUUUAUAUGCUUC